AUGGUGCAAAAGCUGAUGGCCGAGUUGAAGGUGCUCAUCGGCAAACGGGCGCCGAUGGGGGGACCCCCGCCGGGGCCUCCCCCCGCACAGCAUCAGUACACGCGGCGAGACCUCAAAACGAACCUCUCUAGGCAUAUGAGUAUAGUCCUUGACAGGUUCUCGGCACAUAAAUUUCAGUUGUAUUUGCGUUUUGCCAAACAUAUCGCCGCGUGCGGUUGGUCGAUGGUUUCUACGCCGCUAAUUAAGCUUUCGCGCGUUAUGUUAUUGGGUGUUAUGAACGCGGGACUGGACUGGGUCCAGCGGAAUGUCGGAGCGCUCAGUGGACGGGCGUCACCCCGCAACCGCCACGGGCCAACACCGCAAGAGCCACACGAUGCCCCCGCGCUGCCCUAUUAUCCACCGCAAACAUCGAUAUGUUCGUCUGCGUUCGGAUUACGGCCGCCGGCGGGGGUGCUAAGUGGCGUAGAGGGCAGUCGUCUGCGCCGAGCCGCCCGCGCAUGGCCGCCCCGAAGCCCCGCCGCUGCCCACGAACUACGAUUUGAGCCGCCGCGCACGCCGGGAACAAUAGUCGCUCAGUACCCGCGCCGUGGCCGCCUCGGACGCACGAGGACCUUCAUGGAGGACGGACGUUGCGCAACCUGCGAGGCCCUGGGGCGGCGCAGCCUCACCAGCAAGCUGCUCCAGGUGGCGACGGCGCAAGCGCACAUCAGGACAUGCUCGCACGGCCCUUCCCCGCCCGAGCAAAUGGUGCACGGCUCGGACCUCGCCGCGCGCGCCCUUGCCGCCAAGAGGCGGAAAUCGAUUGCGGGCUUUAAACUCAACCUACCCCAAGACACGGCACCGAGGUCUCCAGCCGCGAACACGCCCCGGUCGACGUUCGCCCGAAGGAACACGUGGUGCUCG